AUGUCCAUGCGCAUCGUCCCCUCGAGCGCCCACGCCGACUCCUUCUCCCACACCUCGUCGCACACCUCGUCCGCGCCCUCCGCCCCGGGCGUCCACGACACCCUCCGCCACGGCGUCGGCCCUAGCCCGCACGACGCCGCCGCCGGCAAGCCCGCCUCCGCCCACCCGCUCGAGGCCCGCCUCAAGGGCUGGGAGGCCACCCAGGAGGCCCUGCGCAUGGAGUCCCUCCGCCGCACCUUUGGCAUCGCCGAGCCCGUCCGCCGCGGCAUGGAGCUCAAGAUGGUCCGCGAGGGCGAGUGGCGGCCCCUCGCCCUCGGCCGCGGCCUGCCCAGCGUCCACGAGGACAUUCUGCGCGGCAGGGAGGACAUGAUUACUUGGGAGGACGUCUUCACCGGCGAGGAGACGAGGGGCGUGGUAGGCUUCCAUGACGAGAUGGAGAAGAAGCUCAAGAUUCAGUAG